AUGGUUGAAAAUAAUCCAUCAAGCGAUUUAACAGAUCAAGUGGUUAAUGUUGUGGGUAAAAGUCUCGAUAUGGUACAAUCGGUUGUUGUCAGCAUGGUUGAAGAUGUUGAACAAUCUGGUAUCGAAGAGUUUACAUUUUUUAAUUAUUGUUCGAGUUUCGUUGUUCACAUUUUACUCAUUGUCGUUGUAAUCGGUCUCAAAUAUCAAUAUGAUCGAAAUCGUUAUCGUCUACCAUCUGGACCACAUAAAUUAAAACAUCUUUAUUCGUCAUGGUUAUUUCAUCGAAAUAAACGAGAAAAUUUAUUAAAAUUAUCUAAACAGUAUCCACAAAUGUGUACAAUUCGAACGCAUUUAGGAAAAGUUAUUUUAUUAAAUGAUCCAUUGUUAAUUAAUGAAAUAUUUGUGGGUAGAGCAGAUUUAUGUAGUCAAAAAAUUGAUCAUUUUCUAGAAAAUCAAUUACGAUACAAACAUGGAAAACAUCAGCGAACAGGCAUUAUCUUUCGUCAUCAUGAUUACAAUUCUCAAUUGAUUCAUCGUACAUUAGUUGAUCAUUUAACCGAAAUUAAAUUUGAUUAUUUUAUUCAAUGUGAAUUUAGCCAAUUAAAACUCUAUUUAGAACAAAAUGCGACAAAGUUCAACGUACAAGAAACAAUGUUUCGGCUAUCGGUACAUAUUUUAACGACAAUUUGUUUAUCAAGAACAUUUAUCUAUGAUUUAGGUGAUAAAACAUUUGAAACGUUCACAAAAGAUUUAUUUGAUUUAAGUGCUGCCAUUCAUGAAGAUUCUAUACAGAAAACAUGGGGACGAAUGUUCUUAUCAGAAAUAUUUGGUUAUCCAUCCGAAUUAUUGAAAUUAAAUAAACUUAUUUCAUCACAAGUACAAUUAUGGGUGGAUCAACGACUUGAUCAACGUAAAAUAUCGACAUUCAGCGGUCACUCAUAUCCACAUGAUGUGUUAAGUUCACUAUUUGAAAUAGUUGAAAAAUCAUCACCUCAUAUUGAUAAUGAAGAUUUGGCAGCAAUUCUAGUGGAUAUAAUUAUGCACGGAAGUGAAAUGAUGAAAUGUGCUUUGACAUGGUUGUUACUAUAUACUGUGAAAUAUCCACAAGAAACCGAGUUAGCCAGACAAGAAGUAAAAACUCUUCAUUAUAACAGUUUUACUUUGAAAACUGUUGAUGAACUCCUGUAUUGUCGAGCCUAUGUCAAAGAAGUAUUACGUUUAUCACCCGUUGUACCUGUUCUCCUACAUUCAACACUGGAAGAUUUUACUUGGCGUGGUUUUCACAUAGAAAAACGAACAUUAUUUGGAGCGAAUCUCUAUGGAUUACAUCAUUGUGAACAACAUUGGGGAGUAGAUGUGGAAAAAUUUAAUGUUGAUAGAUGGAGGAUAAAGGAGGGUGAUGUUGAAAUAUUGUAUAGAGAUUACUAUCAACCAUCGCUAUUUGGAUUGGGUCCUCGACAGUGUGUAGUAGGUGAAAACUAUUUAUUAAAUAUAUUAACCGGUUUAUUUGCUACAAUGUUAAAUCAUUUUCGUUUUGAACAAUAUGAUUCUCUUCCCGAACCAAAUGAAGGUACAUUUGGUAUCACCAACAUUCCACCAAUGUUUUCACUUAAAUUAAAAUUAACAUAA